AUGGAUAUUACACCCAAAACCUUCCCUUUUUUCCUUCCCAGGAUCCUGGAUGAUAUAGCCACUUGCAGUUUCGUUUCUAUCGAUUUUGAGUUUUCUGGAAUUGCAUGCCCUUCAGCUGGUCCCAACAGUGGAAAGUCUACCCUGCAAGAACGUUACGAAGAAGUUAAAGCAUCCGCCAACAAGUAUGGAAUAGUGCAAAUCGGACUGACAAUCUGUCACGAGGAUACUGAGACGGGGACAUACAUCCUGAAGCCCUAUAACCUAUAUCUCAGCCCGAUUAUUGACCGUAGGUUAGAUGUGGGAAGAGAUUUAUGCUUCCAAAGCUCUGCUGUUGAGUUUCUCUUGGAGAAUAAAUUCUGCAUACACUCCGUUUAUAAGAAUGGAAUUCACUAUCUGUCACGGGAAGAAGAAGCAAUAGCCAUGGCCCGGGCUGCUGAGAAGUAUGAACGUACCUCUGUACGCAAGGUGAUUGACGUUAAGGAGACAGAACAUGACUCUCUAGCGUUCCUUAAGGCAAUUCGACACCUGGUUAAUGACUGGCUUGCGCGUGGUGAGGCUCGCGAGUCGUACCUUAACAUACCCCCACCUCGCCGAACCGUAUAUCAAGUGUCCGGCUUGCCCUCAGCUUUGAACAACUUUCAAAAGAGACUUGUCCAUCAGCUGAUAGAAGUCGAAUAUCCGGCUCUAGUGACUAUCAGCAAGCCCGCUUUCAUCCAAGUCAUUGAUUAUGACGAGGAACGCGAGAAGGCUAUUCGAGAGCAGAGAAUGGCACGAGUACAAGAGCGAAUUUGGAAGCAGACUGGGUUCAGAUGGGUUGUGGAAGCAUUAGCUGGUGGUGAUCUCACACCCCUUGACCCCUUUAGUUUCGUGGGGAUCAUGGACAGCUCGACAGCUGUGGAACCACAGACCUCACUGAAGGAUUUUUCCAACAAGUUGAAACAGCGCUUGAAAGACCAUAGACCUGUGCUGGUAGGGCACAACCUUUUUACGGACUUAUUGUACCUCUAUCGCUGCUUUUUUGGGCCACUUCCGGGUAAGGUGGAAGAUUUUCAAGCAAUGGCUCACGAAAUGUUUCCGGUUCUUAUGGACACAAAAUACAUGGCUACACACGAUUGUGGCUCAAUCAUCCCGAAGUCUUCUUUAAGCGAGAUCAACGAUAAACUACUCCAAAUAAAGAUUCCGACUAUAUGUAUACACCAUCAACAUUCCAAAUACAACACUCAGAAAAUCGAUCACGAAGCAGGCUAUGACAGCUUGCUCACGGCUCAAAUCUUUAUCAAGCUCUCUGCUCAGCUCCGUGACGGGGGCAUCUCCCAGCGAAAAUCCAAAAGGCACCGUAGAGAACUUGGCACACGAUUCGAUGUGCUUGGAGUUGAAGAGAUUAACCAUCACAUUGAAGGUAUAACCCUCACACCACGUAAAUCCAGCAGUUCCGUCGACGUCAGUCGGAAGGUUGCCAAUGGGGAAUUGAUUCCCCGGCAAGAUGCGCAAUUUUGGAAGGCCUACGGUAACAAAUUGCGGCCUUCGAUUGCCGACCCCAAAGUGUGCAGAAGUUGUCAAGAGACACUCGUUCGCCGAAAUUAUGCUUCGGCCGCUGCAAAGCCUUCUUCAGAAUUUUCCUCUGCCGCUACAACUACCUUCCCCGUUGUGAAGCCCGUCUACACCAUCAAUGCCGGCGUGGCCCUAUCUCGUCCCCCUCAGAUUACCCGCGACCUCUCACAAUUCGAGAAAGCCUACUAUUUCUACCAGAAGCGACUGAACGAGCGGUUGGCGCUUCCAUUCACCAAAUAUUUCUACUUCAAGCGAGGAACACCAGCAGACGAAGACUGGAAGCGUAAAAUCCGGGAGCGCCAGACUCCUGCGCGUGACAUCGGCAAGUACAAUGCGUACUCGAAGGACGCAUGGAACGAUGAACUUCUUGUCGGAGCAGUCGAGUCCGAACCAGAUCACCAGGUAGAAAUGCUUGUGCAGGAUGCCGAGGCCACAGUCAAUGCUACCUCUCAAGACACAAGCAAGAAGGAGGAGAUCCCAAGACCAUUUUCCCGGGUAACAGAGGCGGACGAGAAAAAUGACCAGAGAAGCCUGAACCGGGCUCUUCAGAGGACACUCUAUCUUCUGGUUCAGACUAAGGAGGGAUACUGGAAGCUCCCCAGCUCUGAGGUGGAACAGGAAGAAACUCUCCGACUGGCCGCUGAACGUACCCUUGCGCAAUCCGCUGGUGUUAACAUGAACACCUGGAUAGUGGGUUUCCAUCCCGUUGGCCACCACGUCUACAACUUCAAAUCCCCGAGGGUCGACAAGGCCAGUGGAGCGGAGCACCUAGGCGAGAAGACUUUCUUCAUGAAGGCCCGAAUCAUGGCUGGACAGGCUGACCUGUCUGCCAAUACGCAGAAUCUCCAGGACUUCAAGUGGCUGACCAAGGAGGAGAUUGCACCAUUCGUACUGCCACAGUACUACAGCAACAUCAAGAACAUGUUGGCUGAACGGUAA